AUGACUCACCAACCCUCCCCAGGCCUCAUCAACACUCCCCAUGACUCACCAACCCUCCAAGGCCUCACCAACCCUCCAAAGGCCUCACCAACACUCCCAAGGCCUCAUCAACCCUCCCCAGGCCUCAUCAACACUCCCAAGGCCUCAUCAACACUCCCCAGGCCUCAUCAACCCUCCCAAGGCCUCAUCAACCCACCCCAGGCCUCCUCAACACUCCCUAGGCCUCACCAACUCUCCCCAGGCCUCACCAACCGUCCCCAGGCCUCACCAACCCUCCAAGGCCUCACCAACCCUCCCCAGGCCUCACCAACCCUCCCAAGGCCUCACCAGCCCUCCAAGGCCUCACCAACCCUCCCCAGGCCUCCUCAACCCUCCAAGGCCUCAUCAACCCUCCAAGGCCUCAUCAACCCUCCCCAGGCCUCACCAACCCUCCAAGGCCUCAUCAACCCUCCCCAGGCCUCACUAACCCUCCCCAGGCCUCACCAACCCUCCCCAGGCCUCACCAACCCUCCAAGGCCUCACCAACCCUCCCCAGGCCUCAUCAACCCUCUAAGGUCUCACCAACCCUCCCUAGGCCUCACCAACCCUCCCAAGGCCUCACCAGCCCUCCAAGGCCUCACCAACCCUCCCCAGGCCUCCUCAACCCUCCAAGGCCUCAUCAAUCCUCCAAGGCCUCAUCAACCCUCCCCAGGCCUCCUCAACCCUCCAAGGCCUCAUCAACCCUCCCCAGGCCUCACCAACCCUCCCCAGGCCUCACCAACCCUCCCCAGGCCUCACCAACCCUCCCCAGGCCUCACCAACCCUCCCCAGGCCUCACCAACCCUCCAAGGCCUCACCAACCCUCCCCAGGCCUCAUCGACCCUCCCCAGGCCUAACCAACCCUCCCCAGGCCUUACCAACCAUCCCCAGUCUUCACAAAUCUUCCCCAGUCCUCAUCAACCCUACCCUGACAAGGGCUCCAAAACCCUGACUGAACUAUUUAAACCCAAAACACCAACACAAACGGCAUUAUCAGAACCCAUAGUACAUGCCAGUCCGCCUCCGAUUGUGGAGACAAAGCCUGCUACGUCGGUAUCUCCGCCACCUUCAGUCGCCGAGCCGGACACCGACUGUCAAGUCAACAUAGGUCUUAAUUUUGAGGGACCAGAACACUUGUCCGCAGAGGACCUCAAAAAAGACAGACAAAUACCUUUGUGA